AUGGCGGACGCGUGGCACCUGAGCGCGGUGGCGUCGCUCGUGGAGUCCCUGGACGCGCGCCUGUUGGUGGCGCUGCGAGACGGCUCGAACAUCAUCGGGACGCUGCGAUCGUUCGAUCAGUUUGCGAACAUCGUGCUCGAGGACGCGGUCGAGCGCGUGGUCGUGGGACGGAACUACAGCGAUAUCCCGCUUGGGUUGUACAUCGUGCGAGGAGAGAACGUCGUGCUCAUGGGGGACUGGGGCGAGCGAGGCGAGCGCGCGGCGGUUGAGGGUCUGGUGGAGGUGGACAACGCGGAGAUCAUUCGAGCGCGCGAGGCGGAUAGCGCGGCGGAGGCGAUGAAGGGGGAUAUCCUAAAGAGAAUGGAUUUCUUGGAUGAGUGA